ACCGUUUGUCACGUGUGCAGAUAUGCAGAUGUAGACCCAACGCGACUUCGCGACUUCUUGAUGUCCAGUCUUCAUCAUCUGAUUUCCUAAUCGUGUCUCCAGCCAUUCGCGGCUCACGAUUCCGCCUACACGAUGACGUCGUCCGACGGGGGCCGAACAGCCAAGGAAAGAAGACAAAGCAGCCCAGAUGUAAACGAGCACCUCAUCGCCGAGUGUUACUCACAGCUAACCAACGACGAUGGAUCACCCGAUAUUUCCUUGAGACAAGCUAACCUGCGAAAUCUUGUCGAAUCCAUUUCACCAUGGGAACUGCUAUACCUGAGAUCCUUGAUUCGGAAGACGGCCAUCAAGUUUGCAGAUCUACCCGGCCUUCCCGAAGAGAUAGUCGCCACAAUAUCCGCCAGCCUUGAUUAUCAAGAUGUCCUCAACUGCACAAACGUCUCCAAAGGAUGGCGCAGGGCGUGGACGGCCGACAUGGUUGCCAGCGACGUUGCACGAGCCCACUUUGCCGGUCUUGUUGAGUCGCAUCCCGACAUAUCGCCCUGGUCACUGCUCCAGCCCCUUGCCGCAAAGGCCGCUGCUCGUAGACAAGGAAAAUACAUAUCGUCUCUCCAUAUCGACACGUCGGGCUCUUCCCUGCUUGACUGCACUGCACUGAAACUUGACGAUCGUGCUCUUGAACAUGCCAAGUACAAGGCCGCUCCAGCAGGGCCUGUUGCUCCUUAUAGUUACGCUUACUGCGAUGGGAAGAUUGCAUGGCAAUGGGACCCUUAUAGCUUCUUCAUUGACGACAUCCGCAGAAUGACCAGGACUCUGGUGUCACCCCCAGAUCUAGUCGUUAGGGGCGAAAAAGACUUCGUCGUGUCAGCGCUGUCGAACAAGCUCCUGGUUCUUGCCAACGCUAGAACAGAAAGAUCACUGAUUGUUUACCACCUCGAGAAGAAUCAGUACCGGCGGGUUGUCCUCCCAUCCCGCAUGUACAGGGUCAAGGACGGGAUUCAUCUCCACAAAGAGACUUUGAUAGUUGCUUUCAGAGACGAUGUAAAAGACCAUGUCUGGCGUUGGGAACGCGGCCUCAUCGAACUCAAGAUGCCCGAUAUGCGCAAAACCCCACUAUACGCCGCCUUGGACCAUGCAACGCUAGAUGGGUCCCGCAAGAUGCUCUUGGUUUGCCAUCCGACCAAAAGCAGCGUUUUCUACCUCGUGCAUGGCUUCCUCGUGAAGACUUCUCAGUCGUAUAUACGAGCCUACGAGCGUGCUGAACCUCAAAGGCUCGUCAUCGUCGUUCAAAAGUUCAAUGACACAAAGCACGUACAGACACUCAGCUACGAAACUAGUCUGAUCACCCGAUCUGAACUUGAUCACCCAGUUCAUUGCCAGCCGGUAAAUGCUUAUGGACUUUGCAGCCUUGGCGUAUAUUUCGAGGACCCUCCUUACGACAUCCUCGACUCCGGGGCCCCUUGUGCAAAGUCUGCACAAACACCACCAAACAUGAUUCUUAGUCGAAUCAACUUCAACACCAUCAACGAGACAUUCUCAUGCACUACUCAGGAGCUCAAAGGCAUGCGCCGGCCACUUUGGGAUAAUCCGUCAGGCUUGUUGCCUGAGCGUGAGGGUGGUGUCGUUUGGAACGAUGUCAUAUACUACAUACAAAACCAUACCACCAUGGAGGCAACCGGUACGCCCUGGUUUUGGAAGACCGGAGUCGAAAUGUCCGGCGUCAGAUCACUCUGCAUCGCCGACAAAUCAUCAACACAGGUCAUCAACGAAGAUUCGCCUUGGUUUACCGAGGAGGAGGAUACCUCAUAUUUGCUAUCGGACGGUUGCCGAGGUAUUGCAGUGGACGAUGAUUUCUUGGUUGCAAUCUCCAAAAACGGGUAUGUUGUGUGGAAUCAUGGAGACUUUGGACUGAGAGAAAAGCCCUGGGUACGCAAUCAUGGAUCUGCGUGGCGGUUACGACUUACGACUCAGGACACGGGUUGCCCCGUUCAAGGCUGCCUUGUACCGGUAUGCCGCCACUAGAUCGAUGAUAUGGUGGAACUCAUGACUACAAGUAAGACACCAACUCACAGGCGAGGCAGCCCCGAGCAGCCUGGACUGUCCCCUGAAUUGCCUUCGUCAAAUCAAGACUGCAUAAAGGCGGUGCGUGGAAUGGAUAAAAAGCCGCGAUCCUCUGAGGGUCGAGGUAACAAGCUUGCCGAGGAUCUCGCAGCUGGCGCCAGCCGGUGAUCUGCCAAGACCCAUAAGCUAAAGAUUGGUACGGAUAGUCAAUACAUGAUUCUCUCUUCCUC